AUGACAUUGGUGUGUUUACUCGCGCCAAUCGUACUGUGCCACGGUUUGGGUGCGUGCUCGUCCUGCGGUCCAGCUAUGUCGAGAACCGAAAGGAUUUUGAGAUCUUUUCCCGGCCGCUACCGACCUUCCAUUCUGCAAAAGGCUGUGAGCGCAGUAAUGAGCAGCAGCGUUGCCACGGCUUCGUGGGUUGAUGUCCCCUAUGCCGUGGAUCAUCGAGCCGCGUGCUACUUUAGGGGCGGCUUCAAUUCAUGCGCGGUUCGAGGCGACUCUCUAUAUGUGUUCGGAGAUCUGGAAACUCUGUACGAGUUUAGCUUUCCACGGAAGACCAGGAGUGUCGUGCCAUGCUGUGGACAAGCACUGAAACCUCGCCAGAGCUACGCAGGGUUUCUAUACAAUGACCGCUUUUACGUGUUUGGCGGAUUGACAAGUAACUCCGACAUCCUUUCGUACCAUUUCGGAACGAGAACGUGGAACGUCGUUGUCGUCAAUUCUGGGAAACAGCCAGCCGCGAACUGUCCCUCUGCGCGAGGCCUGACGUCUGUCGAACUGUACAGAUUCGAGUUCGUUGUAUCUGGUGUUGUGCAGAAUGGCAAGUGGGUGCUAGUGGGAGGCCAAAAUGACACAUACAAUAAAGGGUUCAUAUUGGACUUGGGUACGAUCGCUGGCGUGUCGAGCGUCGUCAACAGAUCACUAAACGCUUGCUAUUGCACAGAACUACUGAGGUGGUCAAGCUUCACAAUCAUGGCGAAGUGGGGGCAACCAGAUGUUCAUGCUAUCCGCCUCACGGUUGCACGCUCCAGCUCUGUGCUCGUGUUCGGAGGGCGCGAAGAUCCAGAGCACCCCGCUGGGUUUUAUAACUGGAUUCAUGAGCUGGACGUUGAUGCGAAAUCUUGGUUUCCUGUCUACUGCAGCAAUAGCCCAGCGUUAUCCCGCGGGUUCGUCGGUGGAGUUUACAACGACAACGUGAUCGUCUUCCAAGCGCGGACCUAUAAGAGUGUUGGUCUCUGUUACAAGCAGCUUCAGCUGAAUAAUGGCGCCAAUCUGGAGACAAUUAGCACGUCUAGCUCAAAACGGCCAUCGGCAACUUACCUGAAGUCACUAGAGGACAAACCCGACUUUAGUGAUGUGACGAUCAAGGUGGGAGGGACCGAGAUCUUUGGUCACAAGAACCUUUGUAUGCGCUACCAGUCCUUCAAGACUCUGAUUCAAACAGAGGUACUGGAUACGUAUUGGUGGCAGGGACAAGAGAAUCCACUGCCGACAAUUGAAAUUACGGACAUCAGCCGAGCGACUUUCCUACUGGUACUGGAGUAUGUGUAUAGCGGUCAUGUCGACGUAUCGAGUUACGCUGCAAUCGAGCUAUUUGUCGCUGCGGAUCGGUUCGAAAUUGAAACUCUCAAGCAACUUUGCGCGAACAAAGUUCGUCAGUCGUUGACCGUCGAGACGGCCGCCGAGAUUCUCAAGCUUGCUGACAAGCACCACGCGGUGGAGCUACAGAACGAGUGCGCGGAGAUGAUUAUUGCGAAUUUCGAAGUCGUGUCGAAGUCGCAAGCGUUUCAAGACUUGCUACUUACCAACGCGUCCCUCGUCCUGGAGAUUAUGAAGCAACGCUAA